AUGGAGGUUGAAUCCAGAUCUGAGAAGCUUGAAAGAAUUGCAGAAGAGCUCCUGAAUCUCACCAAAAUUGAGAGGUAUGAUUACUCUUUACUCUUUCGUCAUAAAUUAGGGUUUCAGAAACAUGGCCCCGCACUAUCCGGUGCCAUUUCCGGCGAGGCCACAGGGAAAUCUGGUUCUCCGGCGUCUGAGACCAAGGUCGCAGAGAAGACGGCCUUUGAUGUGAAGCUCGAGAAAUUUGACGUGGCCGCAAAGAUUAAGAUUAUAAAGGAGGUCAGGACUUUUACUGAUUUAGGGCUUAUAGAGGCCAAGGAUUUGGUGGAGAAAGCUCCUAUUGUUUUGAAGAAGGGGUUAACUAAGGAGGAGGCUGGCCCUAUAGUGGAUAAACUAAAAGAAUUGGGGGCUACUGCUGUAUUAGAGUGAUAAAAAGAAGGUUGUUCUUUUUUAUCUCCAGAUACUGAUAGUGAUAGAAGGAAAACCGUUCUUGGUCUCUCUGGGUACUGUAUUUUUUAAAUAAUUGAAGAAUACUCUCUUUAAUGUUGAUUGAUGGUGAUAAAAGAAGUUCGCUUAAUUGCUCAUACAUUGUGUCUUUUAGAAGGGAAUGGCGCACUAUUUGCCACACAAAGGUGAAAUUUUGGUUGAGGUUUUAUUGUUUUGUU